UAAGCGUUUACCAACACGAUAGAACUAUAAGGUGGUUAGUGCACUUGUAAUUCUCUGUAAAAAUGGUAAACAAAACAACAUGGACUCAAACCACUUGUCGAAUAUGCUGGUUCAGUUUUAGCACCAUGAUAAACAUAUUCGAUGGGCCAUCAGAAGUUGGCUUUUCAAAUGUCGACGUGAUUUCACAUUACACUGGGAAAGAAGUUAAACGAGGAGAUGCAUUUCCUGAAACCGUGUGCUCGUUGUGCAUGGUGGAUGCGCGGAUAGCAUUUAGGGCAAGACUGUCCUGCGAGGAAAGUAACCAGUGCGAAAUCAAACCGAAGGAAGAGGAUAUAGGCGAAGUGUUCGAAAUCUCGGAAUUUUUUGACGAGGACAUAGAAGAAGAAACGUUUAAGGGCCAAAUAAUUGAAGAAGGAUUUGAGGAAGGUGCUUGCAUUCUUCCUGACUGCGAUAUGGAGGAAUCAAAAAUUGAUGAGGAAAUUCCAGUGAAAAAUGAAAAAAUUGGAGAAGAGGAAUAUAGUUUAGACGGCACCCAGUCUAUGCACGUCCAAAUUAAGAACGAGCCGAUUGAGGAAGAAGAAUACCAGGUAUCGUCUAACUGUGAUGUGACCAACGAGCCAAUCAAAACUGAAAUAUUAGACGAUGGAGCCCUAACAUCACCUAUUGAGCAAUGUAAUGAAGAAACUAAGACAAAUUUACUGGAGUCCCAUAUGCAGACCCAUAAGAAAGGAUGGUUCAAGUGCAGCAUCUGUCCAAAGACUUUUUCUUUAAAGAACUCCUUAAUACGACACAGAAAAAUGCACGAAGGUGGCCCCUUAAAUUGCUCUGAGUGCUCCAUGACCUUCAACAAUCGUAGCCAGUUUUCGCAACACAUGCGCACGCACUCUUUUACUUGCCUAAUAUGCUCCGAAUCUUUCGCUGUUAAUAGCGAUUUAAAACAACACAUGCAAACUCACAAUGACUUUUUAUUCAAGGAGCCAAUCAAAAAGGAGUUAGACGAUGGAGCCCACACAAGACUAAUGGUGCAAUCGGAUUUAAAGAAAUGCACCCGGGCUAUUAACAAGACAUCGCUUCAAUGUAGUCACUGCCGUAUGCUUUUUUCUACUCAAACUUUUUUGGAGACGCACAUGCAGACCCACGAGGAGCGACCAUACAAGUGCCAACUCUGUCCGAAGUCAUUUGUUUUACAGAAACAUUUAUCAAUGCAUGGAAGAGUCCACGAAGGCGGGCCCUUUAAGUGCUCUGAAUGCUCGAUGCCUUUUGUCACUCGGCGAGAGCUUAUGAGCCACAUGCACCAGCACGUUCUUAGGUGCUUAAUGUGCUUUAAGAUUUUUAAGAGCUCCUCUGAUCUGGAUGUGCACAUGCGAGAUCACCAUGUUGAACGGUUUAAUUGUUCUAUUUGUUCCGAGUCGUUUUCCUUUAACAACGAUUUGAAAAGACACAUGAGAACUCACAAUGACUCUUUGUUGAAGUGUACAUUAUGCCCAAAACUUUUUAAGGAUAAAUAUGCCUUGAAAAAUCACCUCCGCUCUCACAAGGACCAAAUUCUUCCUAACUAAAUGCUCUAAAAUGUAAAGCUAAUAAAAAUAUAUUUCUUACCAA